GUUAAAAGAAAGGAGCCGGGCUAUGGCCCCCUCCUCCCCGUGUCUGGGUGUAAACAGAGGAGGCUCAGCCUAUCCUGUGUGCCUGCCGCUCCGUGCUGGGGGAGAGAGCCGGGCUCUGUAACGUGAUACAUUAUACACCGCUUCAACUCGCACAGCCUCAGCUCUGCCCCUCCGCACAGCAGCAGCGGCAGCCCGGCCAUCAGCGCGCACAGCCCUGCCCUGGCAUCUCCGUCCCCACCUACCCUGGCAUUGCAAUGGGAGGAGGUGAAUGCCGCCACUAGCACCAUCAGCACCUGACAUGAGCUGCCGUUUUAACCCUUGAGGAAGCAGACAGAAGGAUCCCUGAGAGGUUCUCCCAUGCCAUCCUCAUCUUCUAGCCCUUCAGUUAUUGCGCGUACACAAUCCCCUUCUCCAUCACCCCAUCUCCAUGACAACCAGAGGUGGUUACUAAGUUCUAGUGCCAACAGACCCAUUCAGGACUCUGACACUGAUGACGAGUUUAAUGCCAGCACAUGUUUGGUGCCUCCAGCUUCUCUGUCAGAGUGUGUCCCAUGUCAUGAGCAAUCGCCAAACCACCAAGGCCAGUCAACGCUGCAACCUUUGCCACCUUCUCACAAGCAGCAUCAAACCGCGCAUCAGCCGUCCAUCACAUCCCUCAACCGCAACUCCCUGACACACAGGAGGAACCAAAGCCCGGCCCCGCCGGCUGCACUGCCCGCCGAACUGCAAACCACACCCGAGUCCGUCCAGCUGCAAGACAGCUGGGUCCUUGGCAGUAAUGUGCCACUGGAGAGCAGAAAAUUAGCAAAUCACCCAGUUCUUGAAAAUGGGCAUGACAACCUCAUAGAGAUGGAUGUGUUUCCUCCACCAUGCCAUGAUGGCGGCUAUGGGGAUGGGCAUUUUCUAUUCAAAACGGGAACAGGGACAACGCCACUGUUCAGCACUGCUACACCAGGGUACACAAUGGAACCUGGAACGGUUUAUACACCUCCCACCCGACCACUUCCUCGGAACACCUUAUCAAGAAGUGCUUUUAAAUUCAAGAAGUCCACAAAGUACUGUAGUUGGAAAUGUACCGCGCUGUGUGCCGUAGUAGUGUCGGUAGUGCUGGCAAUACUUCUGUCCUACUUCAUAGCCAUGCAUCUGUUUGGUCUUAACUGGCAGCUACAACAGACGGAGAAUGACACUUUUGAGAAUGGUAAAGUCAAUUCUGAAGUUGUGCCAACGCAUAUGGUAUACGUGCCCUCUGAUAAUGGAAAAUCGGGUGGUUUUGGCCAAGAAAACAACACAAUUGAUUCUGGAGAGCUUGAUGUUGGCCGAAGAGCGGUGCAGGAGAUACCUCCUGGGAUGUUCUGGAGAUCACAGCUCGCCAUAGACCAGCCGCAGUUCUUAAAGUUUAAUAUCACUCUUCAGAAGGAUGCACUAAUUGGAGUGUAUGGGAGGAAAGGAUUACCACCAUCGCAUACUCAGUAUGACUUUGUAGAACUUCUGGAAGGAAGCCGGCUAAUUUCACGAGAAAAACGCAACUUAUUGGAGUCCGAAAAGACCGUUCGCCUCCCGAGGUCCGUCAGCCUCCACGAGGCUGGAUUCAUCCAAUACCUGAAUUCUGGAAUCUGGCACAUUGCUUUUUAUAACGACGGCAAAAACACUGAGCCCGUGUCAUUUAACACAAUUGUAAUAGACUCGGUUGUGGAAUGCCCCCGGAAUUGCCAUGGAAAUGGAGAAUGCGUCUCAGGGACAUGCCACUGUUUUCCCGGAUUUCUUGGCCCCGACUGUUCUAGAGCCGCCUGCCCGGUGUUGUGCAGCGGGAACGGCCAGUACGCCAAGGGCCGCUGCCUAUGUUACAGCGGGUGGAAAGGCACGGAGUGUGACGUCCCCAGUACCCAGUGCGUGGACUCUCAUUGCGGAGGCCAUGGCAUCUGCAUUAUGGGAUCGUGUGUGUGUAAUUCGGGAUAUAAAGGAGAAAACUGCGAGGAAGCCGAUUGCUUAGACACCUUCUGUUCACACCACGGGGUCUGUAUCCAUGGAGAAUGUCAUUGCAACCAAGGAUGGGGUGGUACCAACUGUGAGAUUCUGAAGUCCAUGUGUCCAGAUCAAUGCUCAGGGCACGGGACGUACGAUCAAGAGUCUGGGAGCUGUACAUGUGAUCCCAAUUGGACUGGGCCUGACUGUUCAACCGAAAUCUGUGCUGUUGAUUGCGGCACUCAUGGUGUCUGCAUGGGGGGAUCCUGCCGCUGUGAAGAAGGAUGGACGGGUCCUUCCUGCAACCAGAGAGCUUGCCACCCUCGCUGCCUCGAGCACGGGACCUGCAAAGAUGGGAAGUGUGAAUGUAACCAGGGAUGGAAUGGGGAGCACUGCACAAUUGCUCACUACUUGGAUAAAAUAGUUAAAGAGGGAUGUCCGGGGCUUUGUAACAGCAAUGGACGGUGCACCUUGGACCAGAACGGGUGGCACUGUGUAUGCCAGCCGGGGUGGAGAGGAGCCGGUUGUGAUGUAGCCAUGGAAACUUUGUGUACCGACAGCAAAGAUAAUGAAGGAGAUGGUUUAAUCGACUGCAUGGACCCAGACUGCUGCUUGCAGAGUGCCUGCCAGAAUCAGCCGUACUGCCGAGGUCUACCUGAUCCGCAGGACAUUAUCAGCCAAAGCCAGCAGUCCCCGUCCCAGCAGGCUGCCAAAGCCUUCUACGAUAGGAUCAGCUUCCUUAUAGGACCUGACAGCACCCAUGUCAUACCUGGAGACAACCCUUUCAAUAAAAGCCUUGCAUCUGUAAUCAGGGGCCAGGUUCUCACGGCUGAUGGAACGCCUCUCAUUGGAGUCAAUGUGUCAUUUCUACAUUACCCGAACUACGGCUACACAAUCACACGGCAGGACGGAAUGUUUGAUUUGGUUGCAAAUGGAGGGGCAUCGCUGACGCUUGUGUUUGAAAGGGCUCCAUUCCUAACACAAUAUCACACUGUUUGGAUCCCAUGGGAUGUCUUUUAUGUCAUGGAUACCUUGGUAAUGAAGAAGGAAGAGAAUGACAUUCCAAGUUGUGAUCUCAGUGGGUUCGUGAGACCAAAUCCUGUCAUUGUUUCCUCUCCGCUGUCAACAUUUUUCCGUUCCUCCCCUGAAGACAGUCCUAUUAUACCAGAAACACAGGUGCUCCACGAGGAAACUACUAUUCCAGGAACCGAUUUGAAACUGUCCUAUUUAAGUUCCAGAGCAGCCGGAUAUAAGUCUGUUCUUAAAAUUACUAUGACUCAUUCUGUAAUACCGUUCAAUCUAAUGAAGGUUCAUCUCAUGGUGGCAGUUGUUGGAAGGCUUUUCCAAAAAUGGUUUCCAGCAUCGCCUAAUCUUUCAUACACCUUCAUUUGGGAUAAGACAGACGCAUAUAAUCAGAAGGUCUAUGGGUUGUCUGAAGCCGUUGUAUCUGUUGGAUAUGAAUACGAAUCUUGUCUGGACCUAACCUUGUGGGAGAAAAGGACGGCUAUUUUACAAGGUUAUGAGCUGGAUGCCUCUAACAUGGGUGGUUGGACACUAGACAAGCAUCAUGUCUUGGAUGUACAGAAUGGUAUUCUCUACAAAGGAAACGGAGAAAACCAAUUUAUAUCCCAGCAGCCACCUGUUAUUAGCUGCAUUAUAGGUAAUGGCAGAAGACGUAGUAUCUCUUGCCCGAGCUGCAACGGUCAGGCGGAUGGCAACAAACUUCUCGCGCCUGUCGCCUUGGCUUGCGGAAUUGACGGCAGUUUGUACGUGGGUGAUUUCAACUUCAUCCGUCGGAUAUUUCCAUCAGGGAAUGUAACAAGUGUGCUCGAGCUAAGAAAUAAAGAUUUUAGACAUAGCAGUAACUUGGCUCAUCGCUAUUACCUGGCCACCGACCCCGUGAGUGGAGAUCUCUACGUGUCCGACGCAAACACUCGCAGGAUCUAUCGCCCCAAAUCACUCACGGGUGCCAAAGACCUAAUCAAAAAUGCUGAGGUGAUCGCAGGAACAGGGGAACAGUGCACACCUUUCGACGAAGCAAAAUGCGGAGAAGGAGGAAAGGCCGUGGAGGCAACACUCACAGCUCCGAAAGGUAUUGCUGUGGAUAAGAAUGGAUUAAUUUACUUUGUUGAUGGAAAGGUCAUCAGAAGAGUGGAUCAGAAUGGCAUAAUAUCAACCCUUCUCGGUUCAAACGACCUGACCUCCGCACGGCCUUUAACCUGUGACACGAGCAUGCAUAUCAGUGAGGUGAGACUAGAAUGGCCCACAGACUUGGCGAUCAAUCCAAUGGAUAAUUCUAUCUAUGUUUUGGACAACAAUGUCGUCCUUCAGAUCACUGAAAACCGUCAAGUUCGCAUCGCUGCCGGAAGACCAAUGUAUUGCCAAGUCCCCGGGAUUGAGUACUCUGUAGGGAAAUACGCAGUCCAAGCAAUUUUAGAAUCCGCCACAGCUAUUGCUGUGUCUUACAGUGGUGUACUUUACAUCACAGAGACCGACGAAAAGAAGGUGAACAGAAUACGACAGGUCACCACAGAUGGAGAGAUAUCGUUGGUCGCAGGCAUCCCAUCAGAAUGUGAUUGCAAAAAUGAUCCCAACUGCGAUUGUUAUCAAAAUGGAGACGGUUAUGCGAAAGACGCCAAACUGAGCGCCCCGUCGUCUCUGGCUGCCUCUCCAGAUGGCACUUUAUACAUAGCAGACUUGGGAAAUAUUCGAAUCCGUGCAGUCUCCAAAAACAGGCCUUUUCUUAAUUCCAUGAAUUAUUAUGAAGUGGCCUCACCAGCCGACCAAGAGCUGUAUAUUUUUGAUGUCAACGGCACACACCAGUUCACCAUGAGCUUAGUAACCGGGGACUACCUGUAUAAUUUUAGCUACAGCAAUGAAAAUGAUGUAACGGCAGUUACCGAUAGCAACGGAAACACCCUGCGCAUCAGGCGGGAUCCAAAUCGCAUGCCGGUCAGGAUAGUGUCGCCUGACAACCAAGUCAUUUGGUUAACUAUCGGUACCAAUGGGUGUCUGAAAAGUAUGACGGCCCAAGGUCAGGAGCUGGUUUUAUUUACUUACCAUGGCAACAGUGGACUAUUGGCAACUAAAAGUGAUGAAACCGGAUGGACAACCUUUUUUGAUUAUGACAGUGAAGGUCGCCUCACCAAUGUAACUUUCCCAACGGGAGUUGUUAAAAAUCUCCACGGAGAAAUGGACAAGGCCAUUACAGUAGAUAUAGAGUCAUCAAGUCGAGAGGAAGACGUCAGCAUUACUUCCAACCUAUCUUCUAUUGAUUCCUUUUACACAAUGGUCCAAGAUCAGUUAAGAAACAGCUAUCAAGUUGGGUAUGACGGUUCUAUAAGAAUUAUCUACGGCAAUGGAAUGGACUCUCACUUCCAAACAGAGCCGCACAUUCUAGCAGGACCUGCCAAUCCAACAGUGGCAAAAAGAAACAUGACCCUUCCAGGGGACAAUGGCCACAACCUCGUAGAGUGGAGAUUCCGGAAAGAGCAAGCUCAGGGAAAGGUCAACGUGUUUGGUCGGAAGCUCAGGGUAAACGGCAGAAACCUUCUCUCCGUCGACUAUGAUCGAACCACAAAGACAGAAAAGAUCUACGAUGAUCACAGGAAGUUCCUCCUGAGGAUUGUUUACGAUUCCUCCGGGCACCCUACCCUUUGGUUCCCAAGCAGUAAGCUAAUGGCCGUAAAUGUCACCUACUCAUCUACUGGCCAAGUCGCCGGAAUUCAACGUGGCACCACCAGUGAGAAGGUAGAUUACGACGGACAGGGACGGAUUGUGUCCAGGAUGUUCUCUGAUGGAAAAAGUUGGAGCUACACAUACCUAGAAAAGACCAUGGUCUUACUCCUUCACAGUCAGCGUCAGUAUAUUUUUGAAUAUGAUUUAUUGGACCGGCUGUCUGCUGUCACAAUGCCUAGUGUUGCCAGACACACCAUGCAGACGAUACGUUCCAUUGGCUAUUACCGAAACAUAUAUAAUCCCCCAGAAAGCAAUGCUUCCGUCAUAAUGGAUUACAACGAAGAAGGGCAACUACUGCAAACAGCUUUUCUAGGGACCGGUCGCCGGGUUCUGUUUAAAUACAGGCGCCAAACCAAAGUCUCUGAAAUACUGUACGAUAGCACAAGGGUUAGUUUUACUUACGACGAGACUGCGGGUGUCCUGAAAACCGUGAACCUCCAAAGCGAUGGAUUCCUCUGCACAAUUCGCUAUCGUCAGAUUGGCCCCUUGAUUGAUCGUCAGAUAUUCCGUUUUAACGAGGAUGGCAUGGUAAAUGCAAGAUUUGACUACAGCUAUGAUAAUAGCUUCAGGGUUACCAGCAUGCAGGGGGUGAUCAACGAAACUCCACUUCCUAUUGAGCUGUAUCAGUUUGAUGAUAUAUCUGGGAAAGUAGACCAGUUUGGAAAGUUUGGUGUCAUAUACUAUGACAUUAAUCAAAUCAUCUCUACGGCUGUAAUGACUUACACAAAACAUUUUGAUGCUCACGGUCGAAUCAAGGAGAUCCAGUAUGAAAUCCUGAGGUCUCUGAUGUAUUGGAUAACGAUACAGUAUGACAACAUGGGGAGAGUGACAAAACGGGAAAUUAAAAUCGGGCCCUUCGCAAAUACUACCAAAUAUGCUUAUGAGUAUGAUGUAGAUGGACAACUCCUGACAGUUUAUCUAAAUGAGAAAAUGACGUGGCGCUACAACUAUGACAUGAAUGGGAACCUUCAUUUAUUGAACCCUGGCAACAGCGCAAGAUUAACUCCGCUCCGUUACGACUUGAGAGACAGGAUAACAAGGCUAGGGGAUGUUCAGUACCGGCUUGAUGAAGAUGGAUUCCUUCGGCAAAGAGGAACGGAGGUUUUUGAAUACAGCUCCAAGGGUCUUCUCACCAGAGUUUACAGCAAAGGUAGUGGCUGGACCGUAAUCUAUCGUUAUGAUGGACUCGGCCGCCGGAUAUCGAGUAAAACUAGCCUCGGGAAGCAUCUGCAGUUUUUCUAUGCAGAUCUUAACUAUCCAUCAAGGAUAACUCACGUCUAUAAUCAUUCAAGUUCUGAGAUUACCUGUUUGUAUUAUGACCUCCAGGGUCACCUUUUUGCCUUGGAGGUAAGCAGCGGGGAAGAAUUUUAUAUCGCCUCGGACAACACCGGGACACCCCUUGCAGUGUUCAGUAGCAAAGGACUUAUGCUUAAACAAAUCCAGUAUACUGCCUACGGAGAGAUCUAUUUUGACUCUAAUCCUGACUUCCAGCUUGUAAUAGGGUUUCAUGGAGGGUUAUAUGAUCCGCUCACUAAACUCAUACACUUCGGACAAAGAGACUAUGAUAUACUAGCUGGACGUUGGACUACCCCUGAUAUUGAUAUAUGGAAAAGGAUUGGCAAAGACCCGGCACCUUUUAAUCUAUACAUGUUCAAGAACAACAACCCUGUCAGUAAAAUCCAUGACAUAAAGGACUACAUCACAGAUGUUAACAGCUGGCUGGUGACUUUCGGAUUCCACCUACACAAUGCCAUUCCUGGGUUUCGCAUCCCUAAAUUUGAUUUAUCCGAACCUUCCUACGAGCUUUUGAAGAGUCAGCAGUGGGAUGAUGUGCCACCAAUAUCUGGAGUCCAACAACAAGUGGCACGACAGGCUAAAGCUUUCCUGUCCCUGGGGAAAAUGCCAGAGAUCCAGAUAUACAGACACAAGUCCUUUGGGGAGAAGUCGUGGCUGUGGUUUGCGACGGUGAAAUCUCUGAUCGGUAAGGGGGUGAUGCUGGCUGUUAAUCAAGGCAAAGUCAUCACCAACGCGCUGAACAUUGCAAACGAGGACUGCAUCAAAGUCGCGGCGGUGCUCAACAACGCGUUUUACCUGGAGAACUUACACUUUACCAUCGAGGGGAGAGACACGCAUUACUUCAUCAAAGCCACCACACCGGAGAGCGACCUUGGAACCUUAAGACUGACGAGCGGACGCAAAACCUUAGAAAACGGUAUCAACGUGACAGUUUCCCAAUCGACUACGGUAGUGAACGGAAGAACUCGCAGGUUCGCAGACGUUGAAAUGCAGUACGGCGCCCUGGCCCUUCAUGUACGUUACGGCAUGACGCUCGAUGAGGAGAAGGCGCGUAUCCUGGAGCAAGCGAGACAAAGGGCUCUCUCCCAUUCCUGGGCCAGGGAACAACAGAGGGUGAGAGACGGCGAAGAAGGCGCCAGGCUGUGGACUGAAGGAGAAAAGGGACAGCUGUUGAGUGCUGGAAAAGUACAAGGAUAUGAUGGGUACUAUGUACUCUCCGUGGAGCAAUACCCCGAGCUGGCGGACAGCUCUAACAAUAUACAGUUUCUCAGACAAAGCGAAAUAGGGAAAAGGUAACACACUGGCCUUGUAGAGGCUGCCAAAGAGACCCAACCCAUAUGCUUCCUCUACCAGGGAGAAAAACUGUUUGCUGCAUUGCUAUUUGAGCCUAAACGUCACGUUUGCUCAGACAUUCUUUCUGUAGCACAAUCUCUGUUGGACUCUGCGAAGAGAGAGCCUUCCCGAGGAGCGACCACGCAGUCCGAAGCUCCUCCACCCAUUUGUUUUUAUGAAUGACCUUAACAGGUGAUCUGCUUUAAGAAAAUAUGUUUACAUAUGCAUAUCACUGCACUUGGACUGGAAGUGGAAAGCCUAUAGAUUUUGCAGUAGGCUCGUAUAAAUGUUUAACCAAGCACUGUAUUUAAAUUGAUUGGUACAGUGCUGCUGAUGAUGAUGAUUAUUACUGAAUUGUUGACCUUUGCUUAACAAGAGUAGUUUCUGGAUUCUCUCUCUCUCUUUCUCUCUGCAUAGGAUGUGGUAUAUAUCAUUGUUCAUUUUGAAACGUGGAGCAAAAUUACUGUUUAUAGACAACUCAACCGCUUUUACCGUGCUGCAUUACGAAAGAACAUUGGCACAAGUGAGUUAUACAGCCGUGCGACUUUAAUAACAGAAUUUACAAUGCUAACAUGGUCCGCCUUGAGAAAAACAAAAAGUGAAAAAAAAAACUGUCGCAAGUAGAAUUCUCAUCAAGUUUCAGCAAAGGAAUCUGUUUUUUUUUUGUAAAUUAUGUGAAACAAGUUGUUUAUGGAUUUUUAUAGGAAUUACAAUUUACUGUACAUCAAAUAUUAGUCUCAGAGGAGUUAAUUUAUGUAAAAGUGUUUCAGAAAGUUUAUAUAUAAAAUAAAAUGAUUAAAAAAAAUGAAUGUAAGAGCUUUUAAUGGUUCCUUUUCUACUAAUUGUUUUGUAGCGUUCUUAAAGGGAAAUGUGCUACUGUCCUUAAAGGGGAUCUAUCAUGAAAAUGUAUUUUGUGUCAUGUACUUCUUCCGAAAUGCAUGGUAGUGGCAUGUAGAUGACUAUUAUGGAAAAUACAAUUCCAGAAUUUAUUCUCUCUCAUGACUCUAGAUUUUAUUCCAUUAAUCCGAAAGCUUUUAUUUUGAUGAUAGCCCUGACUCGGUUUAGUGCGUGGGUUACUUUGUGAGCAAUACUAUCAUACCAUGGAUUGGUUUAGUUCUAGGUAAAAUAAACUGUCAGAAAAUAUAAUCUGGUGUUUGUGAAAAAAAAAAAUAUAUACCGCAGACGUUUAUAUUGUUUUGCAUCAAACAUAAUAAUAGGUGUAUUUUGAUGAUAGAUUCCCUUUACUUUGAGGCGAUUCCUAAGCUACUAUAUUGAUAAUUUUUGGCAAAGUUAUUUGGAAGUCAUUUUAGAAAAUCUUAUAUUUAUAUUCUAAAGCCACGUGUGGAUAGAGCUUUAAAACAAACCAGAAAAUGAAAUGUAUAUUUACAAAUAAAACGUGCAGUAGGCCUUGUGAUGUGUACUUUGCAGACAAGUGGUACGCAAUAACCAUUAAUUACAUUAUAAUUACAUUAUACGGUACCUCCUGUGUUCCUGGAGCAGUUUAUAACCAUUGAUUUUUGAAACAUGUCAAUAAUUACUUUGAGUAUUUUUUUUUUAUUAUUAUUAUUAUGUUGAAACCUAAAGGUAAAAUGGAGGUUCAAAUAAAAAAAACUUUUUAUUAAAAUAAAAUUCAAACAUAGUAGUAA